AUGAGAGGCGCAGGGAAGCCGGCCCUGUUCCUGGUCAACCCCGCGGGCCUGCUGCACGUGCUGUCCUACAGCAAUGCCUCCUUCGCCCGCCCAGACCUCAAGCAGAUUGCGCAGGGCAUCAAGAUGGUUCAGGACCGCAAGCAGCCCAUCCGCGGCACCUACUACUAG